CUCAUUAGCGCUACUCUCCACACGUUUGGAAGUAAAGGAGGUGUGUGACAUAAAACCGGAGGGACUGCCGAUUACACUGACUCCACAAACUGCAACCACUUGGAUCAGACAGCGAGCUGGGCAACCGGGAGCCGGAGCCAGCGGCUAACCUUGGGUCUCUGGCGCUGUGUCCCGCCCGAAGUGAGGGCAGUGGGAUAUACUAAUGGAUGUGACAACGACAGAUGAUGUCUAGUUUGACUAUGGUCUUUCCCGUCAAUAAUUCGCACCGGGACACCUAGAUCAAGAAGUUCUUUGUGUGUUGCUUGGAGAAGAGAGAUCUACAGGGGACAGAGGACUUUAAGGUGCAAUGCAAGGAUUUCUGCAGGGGGUUCUGCUAAUUCGUAUUGGGAUAUCCAGAUGUAGAACAGAUUAAGUGGAGCUGCUUUCCGCUCGUACAGCAGAACCCGUGCGAGGAGGCGAGGAAGGGGGCUGCGGGAGAGCGGCUGGGCGAGAAGGGCUGAUACAGGGCUUGGACUGGGGCACUUGGUUUCUCGGCGCGGUUGUGCGAGAGAGGAUGCUGUCCAUGGUGCUGCUAGCGGCGGGGGCUCUGGCGCUGUCUGCCGUGGCGGCGCUGGCUCAGAACGACACCGAGCCCAUCGUGUUGGAAGGCAAGUGCCUGGUGGUCUGCGACUCCAACCCGACCGGUGACUCCAAGGCGUCUUCCUCCUCCCCGCUUGGGAUCUCUGUCCGCGCCGCUCACUCCAAGGUGGCGUUCUCCGCCGUCAGGAGCACCAACCACGAACCAUCCGAGAUGAGCAACAAAACUCGGAUCAUUUACUUUGACCAGAUCUUGGUGAAUGUGGGUAAUUGUUUUACCCUGGAGUCAGUCUUUGUAGCUCCACGAAAAGGCAUUUACAGUUUCAACUUUCAUGUUAUCAAAGUAUACCAGAGUCAGACGAUUCAGGUCAAUCUUAUGCUUAAUGGUAAACCGGUCAUUUCUGCCUUUGCUGGGGAUAAGGAUGUGACCCGUGAAGCUGCCACAAAUGGAGUCCUGUUGUAUUUAGACAAAGAAGACAAGGCAUAUCUGAAACUGGAGAAAGGUAACCUGGUUGGUGGAUGGCAAUACUCAACAUUUUCUGGCUUCCUGGUUUUCCCUCUGUAAAGCCCUACUGAAUGUCCUUCAAUCCACAUACGUAAUUUUCUUGAUAUAAACUGAUUGUCCUACAUGUUGUUUUUGAGGAUUAUUUAAAAAUUGUGGAUCAUUGUUCCAAGUAUUAAUAUGGACUAUAUCUGGUUGUACGAAACAAACAGUCAGGUGGAUCUGAAUUGUCUGUAUUUUUUCAAACCGCUUUAAAGACCUAUGGAAGGAAAGGAACGUUUUUAACCUCUUAUCUCAAACCUGCAAAAUGAGAUAGGACUUACAGUGGAGAAUGGUAAAGAAAGGGAAAUCAUCCUUGCUACGGUGGAUAUCAAAGUGGAACAAUUUGCCUGCAACAAUAGUGACAAAUUGUUUGGACUGGAUACGUCUGUGUAUCUUCACACAUAUUAUUUUGCUUUUAACAGCCUUGCCAAUAAGAUUAAACACAUUUAAAAAUGGCUUAAAAUUUUGUUCCCUUAUUUAAUAUAUCAGAAUGAGGAGAAAAGAAUAUACUAAUUUACCAUAAAUGUAUUGUGGGUUUGGGAUGCAAUAUGCUCAUUACCAUGCUAUGUAUGCUAACAUUGCCUUAAAAUACAUGGAAAUAGAUGUACAACUCUACUUUGGCAUAAUGUAUUCUUAAUAUUGGAAACUGAAUUGUUGCUUUAAGUUUUCAAUGCACUUUACCUGAAGAUUCUAUUAUUUUGAAGUGAAAUAAUUCCAGACCAAAUGAACUUUAUAAAUUUUAUUCAAGUAUAAGUGCAGAGGACUGUGGAACUGCAAUCUUUGCUUGAUGGUACAGAUGUUAUGCUGCCUUCAGGACAUUUAUUAUCAGAGAGAAUUUCAUAUUGAUGCAGGUUGAGGGUGGUGAAAAAUAGCCACAUCUGGUAGCAUUGUUUCUGACACUUGCAUGUAUGCUUGAAACAAUGAAACAUUGAGUUAACAUGUGGGAAAAGGUUGAAGCUGUCCCAAAUCUGUUUAUUGUUGCAAUUUCCUUUCAGUUCAUGACUCAUCUGCUUUUGAGAAAUAAGCUUGACUCAAUUACCAAUAAAGAUUCAUUGUUCCAUG